CUGUGAAACGAGACAUUGUCCUGUUUCUGCGCACGACACACAUGCUUUCACCUAUGGACAUCGAGCGCCUUGCCAAAUCACUAGUUCUUGACUUGCCAAACGAUCUUCUGCAGCCUCACUUAAUGGUCAGCCCAGGAGUUCUUGAUGUAAUCGCAUCCCACAGGAAACUGUUCAAGGACACACAAGAGGCAGUGCUCAAAGUCGUGACAGUGGCAUUGCGCAAGUACACACUACAAUCCGGGGAACAGUUCGUUCUUCAUUCAGUGUGUGGUGUGAAUUUGCUGGAGAAAGAGAGAUUGGAUAACUGCUACCACAUCAAUUUCUUUGCGCAUCGUCAGGAAUCUGGUUCUGUGUUAGGUGCCCCUCUCCUCUUCUUCACGGAGGCACUUGUUCCAGCUUUGGAUGACAGCAGUAUCCGCUUGUGUGUGGUUGUUGAUCCGUUAACAGAAAUAGGGAGUUGCUUUGCUUGUGAGACUAACAAAAAGAAGAUUGUGCACCCCACCUAUGAGGAAUACCUUGGUGGCCAGGACUUUCAAGUGGAUGAUGUUGACAAUGAUGGUGAUUUUCCAAUUCCAUUGGAUGUCGACUACAUCUUUUUUGAUGCUGAGAGAGACAGUGUUUUUGCAAAACACUUGGACAAUAUAGCUACUUGUGACAAGGGUGGUUCUACGGAUGUUUUGGGGACUGCAAGGCCAUGCUCUGAUGUUGAUUUAGGUAUCCUGACAGGAAGGUUUGAUGAUGCAAGUCUGUAGGAAAACAAGCUAUUGAUUAGGUCAUUAUGGAGCAGAGCUAAGAUGAUAUAUGACAAGAAGACCUCUCGGUUAUGUUUUAAAUGAUGACACAACCCCGCCAUUCUCCAAAAAGUACUGUAGAUGUUAUGUGUAUCCUGUUAACCUGCUGUUUUGCGUAAGUGUUUCGUCCAUGUUCUACUGGGCUAUCUCUACCCACUUAUGAUCGAAGAACUUGCUGCGAGCCUUUUCCUA